AAAAGGCUUCGCAAGCCUGAAUUUUUCUUUCGUUUCCCAGAAACAAGCUUCUCCUCCGUUCGUUGUUCUUCGUCGCUCUGCAAGAGCGCCGCAUCGCACCGCGUCACGUUUUACAUCUCUCAAAAUCGCUCAUACCUUCUGGUCAAUUUCCUCUCAAGAUAAUUCAAUCCAGAUUUAAUCUGAAUUAGUCGGGAUCUAAUCGUCGAGUUUUAUCGCUAGAAACCCUAAUUCCAGGGGAUCUGUGCAAUCUUACAGUUUGCUCACCAUCAUCUUCUGGUAAGUUCUGAUUGGUAUUGUACCUGUUCUUGUAUGCAGGUUGCUGGAGUUAAAUAUCUGGGUGCGAGCAUCUUACUAUGACGACUCUUAAAGACAUUCUACCUCCGGCCAAAUCAACAACUACGACUUUAUAUGAUCAUACUAAUGAUCCAUGGUUCAAAAACCGUUUCACUGAAUCCGAGUCGGAAAAGUCCUCGGCUGUGGCUUUCAAAGCAGUUCCUGUUUACCUGAAACGUCAAGGUUUCCGUCCGAGGAAUCCUGAGGACUUUGGAGAUGGUGGUGCUUUCCCGGAGAUUCAUGUUGCUCAGUAUCCUCUUGGAAUGGGUAAGAACAAAUCCAACAAGCCUGGUUCCAAGACUCUGCCUGUUACUGUGGAUGCUCAGGGAAACGUGGUCUUUGACGCCAUUGUGAGGCAGAAUGAGAACUCGAAGAAGAUUGUGUACUCUCAGCAUAAGGAUAUUAUCCCUAAGAUACUGAAAAACGAGGGAGACUCGGAUGAGGUUGUGGAUGAAGAGGAGGAAUUGCAGAAGCAGAUUCAGGAGACUGCGGAAGAAACAAAAGCUGCCAUUGAGAAGAUUGUCAACGUGAGGCUGAGUGCAGCGCAGCCUACCAAUGUACCUAGGCAAUCAGGUGACUCGAAGUACAUUAAAUAUAAGCCAUCACAGCAAUCUUCAGCGUUCAAUUCCGGUGCGAAAGAGAGGAUCAUUAGGAUGGUGGAGAUGCCUCAAGAUCCUCUUGAUCCACCAAAGUUCAAGCACAAGAGAGUCCCAAAGGCGUCUGGCUCUCCGCCUGUUCCGGUCAUGCAUUCGCCGCCCAGGCCUGUUACCGUCAAGGACCAGCAAGACUGGAAAAUCCCUCCUUGUAUCUCCAACUGGAAAAAUCCGAAAGGUUAUACGAUCCCUCUUGAUAAACGUCUUGCUGCUGAUGGAAGAGGCCUACAAGAUGUUCAGAUCAAUGAUAACUUUGCCAAGCUAUCAGAGGCCCUCUAUGUAGCUGAGCAGAAAGCUAGAGAGGCUGUUGCAAUGCGGUCAAAGGUGCAAAAAGAGAUGUCGAUGAAGGAGAAGGAAAGAAAAGAGCAGGAACUGAGAGCCCUUGCCCAAAAAGCUCGUUCCGAAAGAACUGGUGGUGGUGCUGCUGCUGCGAGUAUGCCUGUCUCAUCUGACAGGGGUAGGAGUGAAAGUGUUGAUCCAAGAGGUGAUUACGACUAUGACCGCGAGAGAGAAAGGGAAAGAGAGAGAGAGAGGGAAGGGCCGAGAGAGAGUAGAGAGGAAAGGGAAGAGCGGAUUCAGAGGGAGAAGAUCAGAGAAGAGCGUCGCAGGGAAAGAGAGAGGGAGAGAAGGUUGGAAGCUAAAGAUGCUGCAAUGGGGAAGAAGAGCAAGAUCACCAGAGACAGAGACCGUGAUAUCAGUGAGAAAGUUGCUCUCGGAAUGGCAUCUACCGGAGGAAAAGGCGGUGAAGUUAUGUACGAUCAACGUCUGUUCAACCAAGAGAAAGGAAUGGACUCUGGUUUCGCCACGGACGACCAAUACAAUGUAUAUGACAAAGGCUUGUUCACUGCACAAGCCACCCUUUCGACGCUGUACAAGCCAAAGAAGGAUACUGAUGAGGAAAUGUACGGAAACGCAGACGAGCAGCUUGAUAAGCUCAAGAACACUGAGAGGUUUAAACCAGACAAAGCUUUCACCGGUGCUUCCGAGAGGUCGGGUAAGAGAGAACGACCCGUUGAGUUUGAGAAGGAAGAGGAUCCUUUCGGUCUUGACCGGUGGGUGCAUGAUUUGAAGAAAGGUAAGAAACCUCUGGACAAAAUCGGGUCUGGAGGAACUAUGAGAGCAAGUGGCGGUGGUGGUAGCUCGUCAAGGGAUGAUUAUGGUGGUUCUGGUCGAACCAAGAUCAAUUUCGAACGUGGUGAUCGUUAAAGUUAUAAACUGCUCAGUAAAACUAUCUUUGAUUCAAUAAAACUUCUUGUUUGGAUCUAUGGAAACAAUUUGCUUUUGAUGCAGUAUUAUGUUGUAGUGAAUCUCUGAAACUUUUCGUAAUAUGCAAUCUUUCAGCUUUCUCUAUAUUGGAUCACAUUAGUGUCACGAAUUAUUGUACUUAAGUUUUUGGUUUUAAAGGUUUACGAGUUUUGUUU